AGCCCCAGCUCGUGUAUGUGGGUGGUGCAGGGACAUGGUCCGUGUCACUGAGCCUGACCCAGUUGUUCAGGUCUCACCAGCAAGGGGCAAAACCCACAGUUUUCAAACCAAACUCUGCAGUGAAAAGGAUUAGAAAUAACUUGAGCCUUGCUGAAAUCCAGUGGUGUCCGGGCAUGUGGCUGGAGAUUUGUCCCAGGCUGCCAAGUGCUUGUCUUUAAGUCCAUUCUGGUGAUUUUGUAGCGCUGUGAGCUGUGCUCCAGGUGGCUCCAGGGUGAUGCUGUGCUGUGCAGGGAGGUGGCACCUCACGGGGACCCAGGCAGGAGUACAAGAUGAGCCUCUGCAGAGAUGGUGGCUGUGAAGUUGCUGAGGUGGGUGCUGACCACAGCUCUCUCCCUCUCCAGCUCCUCUGUCGACGGUCCUCAGCAACCGCUUCGGCCACCGCUUGGUGGUGAUGGCCGGGGGGCUGCUGGUCAGCACCGGCAUGGUCAUCGCCUCCUUCGCCCGCAGCGUGGUGGACAUGUAUGUCACCAUCGGCAUCGUCUCCGGGUGACUUGCUGAGUUGGCCGAAAUGAUACUGUAAUGACCACCGGGAAAGCCGACUUAACGUGUUCUUGCAUCGGUGUUUCCCCCUCCUUUACUUGUUGUUAUGGCAAUUUUUGGCAUUUAUUCACAGGCCUGGGAUACUGCCUCUCCUUCCUCCCGACUGUCACCAUUUUAUCACAGUAUUUUGACAAAAGGCGCUCGCUGGUCACAGCGGUGGCAUCCACAGGGGAAUGUUUCGCCGUCUUCUCCUUCGCACCAGCAAUCACGGCCCUGAAGGAGCAGAUUGGCUGGAGGUACAGCAUGCUUUCUGUCGGGGUGCUGCAGCUGGGCAUCACUGCCUGCGGCUCGCUGCUGCGUCCCAUCGUCAUCAGAGAGCAGGAAGAAGUGAAAGCACAGCCUCCAGAGGAGUCCACAGAGACAAAGUACAUGCUUGAAAACGAGCAAACAUGCACCUCAAUAGAGUCCAUAGACUCAGGAGUCGAUAUAACUACCUCACCCAGCAAUGUGCCUGGAAAAACCAAAGCAGAGCCGAAAAGUGAAGAACCAAAGCAACACGGACAGAAUCCCAUUGACAAUAACAGCACCCCUCCAGAACCAAAAACCAAACUACUGGACUUCUCUAUCAUGAGAGACUAUAGCUUUAUCUGUUAUGCAUUCUUUGGCCUGUUUGCAACCCUGGGCUUCUUCGCUCCCUCCCUCUACAUCAUCCCCCUGAGCCGCAGCCUCGGCAUCGGCAAAGACCACUCUGCCUACAUCCUGUCAGCCAUGGCCAUCGCCGAGGUCUUCGGGAGGAUUUUUGCAGGCUGGCUUCUCAACAAGAAGCCCAUCCGCAAGAUCUACAUCGAGCUCAUCUGCGUCACCCUGCUGUCGGUAGCGCUGGUUGCCUUCCCUUUUGCCUCUGGAUUCUGGGGCCUGAUGAUAUGUAGCGUUUAUUUUGGGUUCAUGCUCGGCACGGUAGCGGGCACACAUAUUCCCCUCCUGGCUGAAGACGACGUGGUUGGCAUUGAGAGGAUGUCCUCUGCAGCUGGAGUCUAUGUCUUCAUUCAAAGCUUAGCUGGGUUGGCUGGACCACCCCUUGCAGGUGUCUUAGUGGAUACAACAAAGAACUACAGCUCAGCCUUCUACUCCUGUGCUGCUGGCAUGGUCCUGGGGGCCGUGUUCCUGGCCCUGGUGAGGCCGUGCAAGACUGGGCUGUGCCACCAGCAGCAGCAGCAGCAGCAGGUGGAGGAGAGCACGGCAGGGCCACCACCAGAACUACCAGAUGACUUUAUAGACAUGGAUAUUGGAAAGGCAGAAAAUUCAGGAAAAGGCUCUGACAGCGUGGUAUAAAAAACUCUGUUCCUUCUCCAUCUAAUGUACUCAGUGUAAGGCUGGGGGAAAUGUCAGCUCUGCUCCACGUUUUAAAGCUCCAUUCUAAAGGGAAUGUGAAAUUUUAAAUGUGAACAGUUGCUACCAACAAUUUUUUUUUUUUCAAUAUUAGACAGAAUUUUUUUAACCAACAAUGGAAAGCUCCAUAGAAAAUACGGAUAGUCACAUAAGAAUAACUUCUGUCUAGCAUGAAGAUGUGAUGCACACUUGCUUUCCUGAUAACAAGCAUAGGUAAAGGUCCAACUGAUCCAUAAAUACUGACAACAGCAACAGCAGAAGCAGCUCAGCCUCUGACUGUCACCCAUCCCCUACCACCAAUUCCACACAGACCCGAUGACACGAACUGGAGACGAGCGUUUCAGACACCACCAGUAGCCAACUGCAUCUUCUGGAGGGAUACAGACUCACCUUUUAGCUUGGAGGAGGAGGAGGCCAGGCUAGAUAGCUGACAAUUAGAAACCAUUGCUAAUGAUCUUAACUUGAAUGUCACAUAAUGCUGGGAAAUCCAAGGCUCCGUGUGUCUUUAUGGCCAGUUAUUACUGCACAUACUUCAUAAGAUCAUUUUUCUUCUCCCAACUGGGAUUCUUAGAACUGUUUUCUGUUGAUAGUCAGACCUGAUGUACUGUUUCUAAUUUAACUAGUAUUUAUUAAUUUAUUCUGAGAUUGUUAAAGGAGGUUAGCUUAAAUAACUGGAGAGGAAAAAUGAUCUUCUGCAUAACGGAAAGCUGUCUUUACAUCAGUCUCUUCAAUGCCUAUCUUGUAUUGCUUGUGAAAUUGUUGGGAAAAUUACUCUUACAGCAUAAAGUGUAGCUGUUUUUAAUAGGUAAGUCUUAAGUAACCCAGUUAUUU